CAGAUGCGGGCGCCCCUGCACUGGAGUCGGACCCUUCUCCGCUGGCUGCGAGUUCGAGUCCCGACGCGGGCUGCAGGGAUGGCGGUGGCGGAGCAACGCGGGCAGGGCGGCGGCGUGCGCUCGGUGCUGGGCACCAUGGAGUUCGGGCGGCGGGCCGGCCCGGAGGCGAGCGGGGCCAUGGUGCGCGCCUUCCUGGCCCGCGGGCACUGUGAGCUGGACACCGCGCAUAUCUACGCGGGGGGCGAGUCGGAGCGCAUCCUGGGCGCCUGGCUGGCGGCGGAGCAGGGGCCCCUGGCAGUCAAAGUGGCCACCAAAGUUAAUCCAUGGGAAGGCAAUACACUGAAAGCCGAGUGCGUCCGCUCCCAGUUGGAGACGUCCCUUCAGAGGCUGCAGAGGAAGACGGUGGAGCUGUUGUACCUUCACUCUCCUGAUCACGGAACUCCCGUGGAAGAGACGCUGAAGGCUUGUGACGAGCUGUACAAAGAGGGGAAGUUUCAGGAACUGGGUCUCUCCAAUUAUGCUGCUUGGGAAGUGGCAGAGAUCUGUAGCAUCUGCAAAUCUAACAAUUGGCUGAUGCCCACGGUGUACCAGGGCAUGUACAACGCGACGACUCGCCAAGUGGAGACGGAGCUCCUGCCGUGCCUUCGACAUUUCGGAAUCCGCUUCUACGCCUAUAACCCCUUGGCUGGAGGACUCCUGACCGGGAGAUACAAGUACGAAGAUAAAGAUUUGAGCCAGCAACCGACUAGCAGGUUUUUCGGGAAUGACUGGGCCAAAGUCUACAGGGACAGGUACUGGAAACUGCACCACUUCCAAGGGGUGGACGUGGUUGAAAGCGCUCUCCGAGAGGUGUACGGCCCCAAUCCCCCAAGCCUGACCUCAGCUGCCCUGCGCUGGAUCUAUCAUCACUCAAAGCUGCAGGGCGACCGUGGGGAUGCAGUCAUUAUAGGGAUGUCCAACAUGGACCAACUGCAGGAGAAUCUCAAGAGUAGUGAAGAGGGACCCCUCCUCCCGGGGGUGGUGGAGGCUUUCGAGAAAGCGUGGCACCUCACCGCCCACGACUGCCCCAACUACUUCCGCUGAAGGCGAGCUGUCUGGAGGAACCGGAGUGCCGGGCAUCCCCUCGCAACUGGAAACUCCAUUCCCAAAGCCCCCCCUUUCUUCCUGAGAGUUCCUUCUAUCCAAUCGUGAACCUACACCACUAUUGCCUUAAAUUGGGAGCAUUUUUUUCCUUCCUGUGAUUGUUUUGUCUCUGCAAAUUCUCUCUUAUCCUCCUUAAGGAAGCCAGUUUUAUGAUAGCCGUUAAAUCACUUAGCCGUUCCCCAACUCCCUUCCCUGAACAGCUACAAGCAGAAAAUUUAGAGCGGAUGAUACAGGAAAGAAAUUGAUUUUGCUUAAACUGAUCCAUACGUUUUUAAACUCCAGAUUCCUUCUGUCCGUAGACCAGGUCUGCCAGAAUAAAAUCAUUUCUUGAACAA